AUGGUGACGGUUUCGCUGUUCGACAGCUUGUGCAGUGCGCUGCUUCCAUCCGUCGCACAGUCCAUCGUGAACGCAACAACUUUAUCCGUGCCCCCAUCCGAAGGGCAUUGCACCGUCGAGGACAGGCCCAUGUACGCAGACCCGGCAAAGAUGCAGAGGGAGUUGUUGUCAGCAGCGCUUCCACUGCUCACAAAAUCCUCCGGUUUGCUCGGGCACGUGCUCCAAGCAGAACCACUCUUGCCGGCAACGCGCCAACUCAACUUUUUCGCAGAGUUCGGGCACGACACCUCCACCGACACGUUCACUUUAGCUGCAGCCUACGAAUUCGUCGCCCCGUAG